CUUGCUGUUAUAGUUCCCUGCCGCGUCCGCACUUCUCUGCGCUCGAGACCAAUCACGGCCCCAGCUGAGCUGGUUUCGACCAAUCCGAGCCGGGGCGAGCUCGAGGCGCUGGGGAAGAUGGCGGCGGCGGCGUGAGCGGCCGGUUGGGGGCCGCCAUGCUGAGGCGGCGGGCCGCGCGCCAUGGCUAGCAGACGGCGGAAGGGUGGUGACAAGCUCCGCCUCAGGUCCCCGGCCCCGGAGACGGGGGGCGGCGGAAGGUGCAGCAGGCGGAGGGCGGCGGCUGCUGGGGAAAGCGGCGCUGGGGGCCCGGAAGAUGGAGGGGUGCAGGCGCCGGCGGCCGCUGCCGAUCCCAGUAGCAAGAACAAGGCGGAGGAAUCAUGUUUAUAUAAGACUCCAAAGAGAUUAAAUAGCAGAUCAAGGUUACCUACCUUCAGUUCUCCAGCCAAUGAUAUUGAUAUACAGCAAGAAAUAUUUUGGGAUCCUCAUUCGCCAACUACACACAAACUAGGUAAUGAAAGAAAGAAACAGGCUACCAGUAGAUGUACAGUUGACAUUUCAGAUAUUGUUAAUCGUAUUGCUCCACAGGAUGAAAAACCAGGCGGUUCUGAGGGAUCUCUUCUAGGGAUGUGGAUUGGUGAGGAUGCUAUUCCCUGUACACCUGGAGUAGUAAAAGUGCGAACUAGGACAAAAUUAAAUGGUACACGAGAUCAUAAAAUAAAAAAUACUGAAGAGGAACUGAUGAAGCUAGCUAAGCAAUUUGAUAGAAACCAGGUAGAGCUAGAUACAGUCAAGGAGCAAGAUGAUCAAUGCAAUGGUUUUGUUCAGACUAGUGCAGAGGCAGAGACUUUAAAUAAUUAUAAAGAUGAUGCACAGAUGAAAAAUCUGCAGUCAUUCCUUGAUGAAGAUUCUGAAGCACCUACUGUUCUGUCCUUGAAGCCAGUUCAAGAGAGCACUGGCAUCCCUGCUAUAGAAUGUCAAACUAGCAGCCAGAAGUCUUUAGACCUUGAGGCCGAAGUGGCCCUUAAUGCCCUUUUUGAUUGCUCUACCCAGAAAUGUAGUGGACAGUUGAGCCAAGGCCUAUCAACUAUUUCCCUAAACAAUAGUUUCCAUGAAAGCCCCAAAAGCCGCUUGGUGGAGGAGAAGCACACUUUUAAGGAAAGUACAGUAACCAAGCAGCACAUUGCUGAAGAGAGAUGCCAGAAGCAAGGUUCAACAUGUGCAUCAGAAAGUGUGAACCAGAUUGCAGCUCCAGAAACUAAGAAUAUUCCUUUGCUGCCAAAACUAAGUUUAACAUCUUCGAAGAUAGAAUCAUUGAUUUCUAGUAAGCCUGCUGAAGUAGCUCAUGAUGACUUUGAUGAUUGGGAUAUUGAUUUAUUGGCAGAUGAUUCCUUUGUAAUGCAGAUUAGUACUCCUGAAAAAGCUUUAUCAGCUCCUAAAAAGCCGAGCACACAUGCUUUCAGUGGCAUUAGUAAAACUAAGGAAAGAACAAAUACUUCUAAUUCUGUAAUUGGUGUAAGUUUUUCAUCCAAAUCCAACAGUAUUCAAUAUGCACCUCUGAAACAAAAUAGUAAAACAAUACAAGAUGCUGCAAAAUCUCUUUCUUUCCAGAAACCAAAUAACGAGAUGGAAAAUUCAAAGGUACAGGCUGGUUUUUUACAUAUGGAGCAUGAUGUUAAACCUUAUGCAGUAAAUUCCACUUGGAAAAGUGCCCAAAACAAAGUUUCUGAUCAUACUUCUCUUAUUUCAGUGGACUCUGACCUUAAGAAUGGAAUGGAAUGCAUUCAGCCUAAAUGUGGUCCCACUAGUUUUCCGGUAAAAGGAUCCUCUUCCAUCUUGAUACACUCUAAUCCUCAUAGAACACAGACUGGAAAACAUGGAAAUAACAAACACAAUAUUUUCCCUCAGUCAUCCAUUUCUGCUAACACUAAGCCUAAUGAUCUAGUGAAGGUGGUGACCUGUAUUGGUGUGACUAACCUAAAACAAGCUGAAAUGCCUCAGAAAUGUUCUGUAUCAUUUGAUGAUUGGAAUGAUCCUAAGUUUCCUGAUGAAGUUUUAGAUAUGUUUUGUGAAUCUGAUAGUCUUUGGGACACAAACUGCGAAGAUGAUGAUUUGUUGUGUCAGGUAUGUGAUGAUGUAGAAAAACAAACUCAGAACCAAGACAUUAAACAUGGAAACAAAAGAGCAAUGAUUAUAAAAGAAGCCAGUAUUACUUCCAAAUCUGAUGCUGAUAACAGCUUCACAGCAUCUAAAAAAGGACUGCCUAAACACCCAUUGGCACAAAAAAUCAGUGCCAACCAGGACACCAGCUCAGUGAGUACUCCUUGUACAAACUCCUCAAAGGUUACAGACAAAUUAACUACAUUUGGAAAUGUAGUGAACUGUACAAAUUCUGCAAAUCCUAUAGCUGUGAUGGCAAAUGUUCCUAUACAACACAGGUAUACCCAUUCCCAAAACUAUAAUAAAGCUGCUUCUGCAAAUACUACAAACAGUGUUCCAGGAAAAUGGUAUCGGUCUAAUUCUGUGCCUGCAGGUAGUCUCAGUUCUGAAAUUGGCCCAGUUAACAUAACAAAUGGGUGUACUAAUACUUUUAAUGGAGGAUGCAAUCAAGACCUUUCACACAACACAGGAAAUAUACAAAAUAACAGUUGUAUGAAUAAAAUGUCAGUUGUGCCUUCAAAGUUUACAUUUAAAAAGAUUAGCAAUUCCCAGGUUGCUGUUCAUGUGGAUCCUAAAAGUAUAAGUAUAGGACGCACUUCUGGAAUCAAAGUUACUCAGCAGGGUUUGGAAGAAAGCAAGAAUCAACUGAACAUCCCUUUGCAUGGGAAGAUUAAAAUUAAUCAAAAGCCACCUUUUAAGAGGCACCUUUCAGAAUCUCUGGCAGAGUCUACAACAGCAUUUGUGAUAGAACAGAAAAACAGAAAAUGUUCUCAAGAAGAAAUAGAAAGGAAAAAACAAGAAGCUCUUGCUCGAAGAAAAUCCAGAAUGCAGGCAUGUCUCAAAGAUACUUGAAUUUGGUCUGGAUUUUUUGCCAUUUAAUUUGUUGGGUAGGAAAAUGAUUGUAAUAAAGACUGAACCAUUUUUAAAAUUCUGUCUGUGAUGCCUCAUCUUGAUCUUUUUUACUUCUGUAUGAGAAAUUGAUGCUGGACUAUGUUAAAUUCAUUAAAUUAUAAAAACAGUUUACAGUUGUAAACAACAGUUUCCUCCAAGUGUCUUAAUAGCCAUUACAAUGAGUUCAAUAUCGUGUACACACUGGUACUGUCACAUGUUGCAAUUGUGUGGUUUAAAAUUCAUGUGAAUAGUAUUUAAAGUGUUCAAGAAAGGUAUACAGCAGAAAGUUCAUUCACAUGUUUCUAUUGUUUUUCUUUGUUUCUCACUUAUCAGCAAGAUUUUUGUUUUAAAUCCAUGAAGUGAGUAGGCUGAAACACUAGUGUGUGCAUUUAUUAUAUCUCUGUGGUUCUCAAAUUAGUUUUAAUAAACUUGAAACUAACUCAUGGAGAUGAGAGCCUAAAAAUUCAGCUUCCAAAAGAUGAAGUUAGUGCUCACUGAUUAGAACAAGUCCACCCAUCAAAAAAUUAGUGGAAAUACAUACAAUCUGGAGAGUCCAUUGUCAGUCUGCUUCUUUUAAGUGAUGGACUAGUAUAUAUGUGGUAAAGAAAGAACCUAGCAUAGCAGAUAGCUAAUCUGUAAGAUCAAGACAUACUGAAAAAGACACUUCUUUGUUUCUUCCAUUAAGAGUUGGAGGUAUUGUUUUCCUGGCUACCAUUUUGAAGGGGUUCCUGGUUAUGCCACCCAUCUUCCAAAAACAAGUAUUAUGGGGUUAAUUAAAAUGCAGCUAAUGCUACUUUACUGAACCAUUAUCAAACUGUGUAGGAAAAAUAGAAUCUACUAGGCCAGAUCCUCAAAUGGUGUAAAUCAGAAAUAGCUACAUUGACUGACUGCAAUGGAAUUACACAGAUUUUUUUGAGUUAAUGAUCUGGCCUGCUGUCUCUUGUAUGGGUAUGGCUACAUUUGGUUAAAUGUGAUUAGAAUUAAAUACACAAUGUGGAAGAUUGUACUACAACUGCUUUAAUCAGUUCAGUGUUCAAAUGCCUGAAACUUCACAACUAUGUUUUCAGUUUGAAAUAGAUUUUGGUGUAACCCUUGGCCAGUAAAGCACUUAAACAUGAUGGAUUCAAUGCUACAGUCUUCCUUACUUGACCUGAUGAACUGGAGUUUUGAAUUUUGAAGCUCUGUUUUAACAGUGAUACAUGGAGAAUGAGUUCAAAUUGUAAAAUGUGUGUGGUUAAGCUGGUAGGCAUUUCACAACAGAAAACUGCUUUCAGUUUAAAUGUUUUGAUAUCACUUAUGACAUUAUGAAAAAUUAUUUGAUUAUCUGGUUUUGUAAAUAAAUACAUUGCUGAGUGUAGCCAAAGGCCCACAAAGUCUUCAUCUCCUGUAGACUGUGCUUUUGGUUUGUAAAACUGACAAAUGUAAAUAUUGUAUAUUUGUAAACCAUUAUUAAACUUGCAAUUUUUACAUUUAAGUAUUCUAUCUUGUUCUGUGAUUGGAAAAUUGUCACGCUAAAAGUAAAUUUUAGUGAAGAAUAUUCCAAAGCAUGAAAAAAGGAAGGCUGGUCUUAUGGUUAAAACACUGGAUUGGGAUUCAAGAAACCUGAGUUUAAUACCUGAUUUUUUUUGUCAUGAAUUUCAUCUGUCACUUUAGGCAAGUCACUUUAAUCUUUUAGUUAUUCAUGUUCAAAUGUUUGUGUAUCCGUUACACACUUUUAAUUAAAAUAUUCUUGAACAUA